CGGCAGCACGGAAAAAAGAGGGGAGUUUCUCAAAGUGGUACACCACGCAACAACCGGAUAGAACGGUGUUCUCGGCGCACUGAUGUAGAAAUAGUAUUCAACAACAGUGCUGUAGAAGAGCUAACAGCUAACUCCUUGGUACAGGAAGAUUCAGCCAGGUUUGGCGUAAGAAUGGCUUCUGCACCUGCCAUGUGGCAACCAGCAGAUGGAUAUUCAGAGGAAUACCUAACAUACAGUGCUACCUGGAUGAUAUGACAGUGGAGAAUAACCCAGGAGCACAUGGGCACCCAACAGAAUCCUCUGGAUGUUAUGCUGGUGACGGUGGAGAAUAACCCAGGAGCACAUGGGCAGCUAACAGAUUCCAUGAAAGGUGUAAAGUGUAUAUGGGAUGUAAGAAGACCAGCAGAGAUGUGUGAAUUUUCUGCAGACAGAGAUCAUGCAUGAUAGCCACGUGAUUAACAGCAGCAGACUGUACCAAAUGAAUACUAAAGACACCCCAUCUUCAGAAUGUUUUACAACUGAAGUCAUAAAUAUGACUGGUAGACUUCUACCAGAAGUUUUAGUUGAAACUUUCCAUGACAUUGUUCUUAGUAACUACAUCACUACAUACUUGUAAGCAUGCCACAACCCACUUGGUUCCGUCUUUGUCUAUCUGGCAUGUGAUAUUUCACCUUGCAGAAAAAAAACUCCAAGUUAAAACAUAGGCACCCAUUCCAUUUGCUUCAGGGUCACACGCUAGCACUGAUGGUCAGUAACUCUGUCCUGUUGGACUGGACAGGGCGGUAAAGAAACCUAACCAGUACCUAUAUGUAAAAAGCUUUGCACAAGUGCUGCUAGGCAUAUGCAACCCCAGGAAACUGGUGUCUGUGACAGUUUCAUACAGGUUGGAAUGUUGGUCCUUGUUGCUUGUUGGAAAUACUAGUAUUAGCCCGUUCUUUUAUAUUCAGCAUAUCAAAGUAUUGCUGAUGGACUGGAUUGUCCUAAUUGCUAUACGAAACUCUGAAGACAUAACAACUGUUGAUAAAUGAUUAUGUACUGUAUUUCAGUUCUUACAGUUACCCUAGACAAAUACUGUUUCACAAAGAGGAAGCAGAAAUGAUCCAGUAAUAUCACAGAUGAGUGGAUUAUUUAUAAAGGUGAUAACUCUACAACCUGCCCCUUCUGUUAAAGAACAGCUGUCCAUACUGUAGGGAAAUGUAUUCUAUGGCUGCAGUGAUAAUUCUUCCAAAGGUCAAACUGAAAUGGCUACUCCUACAGAAGAAUCAACGGAAACCUUACCUCAGUCAGAAGGGAGUAGAAUUCAUCAUGUAAAAGGAGACCUUUUCGCUUGUCCGGAAACAGAUGCUCUGGCGCACUGCAUCAGUGAGGAUUGCCGCAUGGGAGCUGGCAUAGCAGUUUUAUUCAAAAAGAAGUUUGGUGGUGUUCAAGAACUGAUUAGCCAACAAAAGAAGACUGGAGAAGUAGCUGUACUACAGAGAGGAAAGAGAUACGUCUACUACAUGAUCACAAAGAAAGUGGUGUCUCAUAAGCCUACGUAUGAUAGCAUGAGGAAAAGCCUGAAAGCUGUGAAGGAGCACUGCCUUGAAAAUGGUGUCAAGAGCCUGUCCAUGCCCAGGAUUGGAUGUGGCCUGGAUCGCUUGGAGUGGGAUAAAGUUUCUGACAUUAUUGAAGAUGUUUUUAAGGACACAGAUAUUAACAUUACUGUUUAUACUCUCUGACAAAAAGUUAACUCCCAUCAGCAACCUUGAGAUUCAUUCUUUCUGCUUUUACCUACCUUACCUGCUCUUUCUCUUCAGACCUACCACUGUUUUUUGUAAAGUUGGGAAGAUUGAAACAAGUGUUCAAAAAUCAGCUAUAUGCAGUUAAAAGAACGUUUUGUUUAUUAGUCCGGUGACAGGUGAAUAUUUGAAACUGUAAAAAAUGUACAUUAUAUAGAAUUUAUUUUUCUGAAUAAUGGGUGUACAUUGCAUGUAGAUGUAAUUUUCUUUUUGUAUUCCUGUCUUCUAAAUAGCUUUAAAUGGCAUUUAAUUUGGUUUAGUACAUUAGCUGACUCGAGCCCUUUCUUUCAUUGGUCAUUUUCUUUUCUGUUGGGUAUUUUUUUAUUCAGUUAAUCCCCCCACCCCUGUUCCUGCACUCCCCUACAGCACAAUCCAUGUCAGAAGGAUACUGGCAAAGAUUGGCUGAAAUCACUUAGUGCAUGAACUGUGGUCUUCUUGAACAGGGUGUAUGACUUGUAACAUCUGACAUUAUGAAAAUUCCAGAAUCUGCAGAUUUAAUAAGAAAGCACUUUUUGCAUUGAUGUGGUCUGUGAAUAUUUAAGAAAGGUAAGAGCUGUGGCUAUUAAGGACUUAUAAUCCCAUUGCUGUCUGGAUCUCCUUAUGUCUUCAACACAUCUUGCAUUGAUAAUGCUUCACCGGUGUAUGUUUGUAUGCGUUGGACAGUGCAGUCGAAACCCUGUUAGAAAUGUAGCACUAACUUUGCACAUUCAGAUGAGGCUUCCGUAUAUGAGCCAUAGUUAAGUCUCUGGUAACUUGGCCAAACACAAUCUGCGCCCUUGAAUAUGGUUGCAUGUUGGAAGUGAGGGUGCUGAUUGAGAGCACUGCUGUAUUCAGUACAUAGCAACAUGCAUGCCUCCUGCACAUGGUCCGUCUGCAUGGCACAUAUAGAGUGAUGACGUAGUACAACUCACUUUGGUGGGAAUUAGUUUGUUAUUACAGCUUUUACUGUAUGACAGUGGUGGUAGCUUUUCUCCACACUGUUUCAGAUAAUUGUUCUGUAGAUAUUCAAUUUUGAUAAGAGUUUAUGCUGCACUGCAUGAAAUUUACCAUUGUGGAAACCACUUUCUUGUGUAAUUUUUUUUGUAUUUCUUGACAUGUCUUCUGUUUCUUGUAUCUGUACGUGUGAUGGUAUAAUACUUCCUGUCCCUCCAUUUCCAGAAGUAGAUCCCUGCUUGGUUAAAUAUCCCAGUCAUCUAAUAAUCCAUCCCACCAGCUAGUACCCAUUUGCCACUGUUGUACCAGCCCUUCACAGUCCUUUUCUGAGAAAGCCAGUAGUAUAAUAGUUUUGCUCCAGCCCUUACCUUAAAGUGCCAGCAGUGCCAUAGUUUUGGGCAGUCCUUACCUUACUUUGGUAGCUAUCAGAAUGUCUAAUGUAAUGGCAUCACCCAGAAUGUCAGUACUGAGGUAGCCUGGCACAGUUUUUGCCACACAAAUCCAGGACUGAGGUAGUCUGGCAUAUUUCUUACCUCACCAAUCCAGUACUGCAUUUCUUAACCCACAAUAUUAGAAAUAAGGUAGCCAUGUACAGUCCUUAGUCUAGCUAGCAUGCUAGUACUAAAGUAGCCUUGUUAAGUUCUUACCCUGGGAUGUUAUUACUACUGUAGCCUUCACUAUGCAGGCCUUAUACCAUUAUGCCAGUACUAUGGUAUCCUUGCUAUUGUUGAUGUCAAUGCCCCAAAUUUAGGUGCCAAUACUGGAUGCUUGGUCUUGCAGUCAGGCAGAUGUGAGUGUUUAGUGUAUAUUGCAGUUCUGGUGCUUGGGGAUCCACAACAUAUUAUCAGGUUGGGAUUUGGGUAGAGAAACAAGAAGAACCGUUUUUAACUCCACAAUAUAUGUGGUAUUGCAAUGACUGUUGGUCAUCCCUUUGAGGUGCUGUAGCAAAACCACUCCAUACCCUCCCCAAAAUAGGAGUAAUGAUUUUGAGCUGCCUUUCCUGGUUGGCCUUUCUGGCUAUCCAUGCUUAUUUCCAAGCUUCUGUGUCAUCCUUACAUUUGAUUUAUUGUACCAUGUUACUGAUGCAUGAAACCGGUCUGAAAAGUGUGAACGUGUCCCUUCAUGACUACAGUGUCUUAUUUACCUUUCAACACUUUACUCACAAUGCAUAGACUUGAGCUGUAGUAAUGGUUGGUUAUUUCUGGACAGACUAUUUCAGGAAGCGAGUCACUCUUAUGUGAAAAGAACUGAAACGUAAUUCUUAUGGGUGGUUGGUGAUAUAUUCUUGUUGUAUGAUGGACACAAAGGAACCUUUGUAGAGUAAGGAUAAAAAAAGAUAAUCAGACUAAUGAACCUAAGGUUUUACUGUUUCAAGUGUAAAACUAGGUUUGUAAACCAGUGAGUAAGAGUUGUUUCACAAGAUGUAAAUGGAUUAGCUGGCUCAGAUAAUGGUAAGAGUCUUCACUGCUGCCACUGACUCUUAUGUCAGUAGCUAUAUUACCUUUUUUUGAUGUGUGCAUGACCGCAUACUCCAUAAAGAUUGAAAAAGUUAAAAUGAUUUGUUUCAUUAAUAAAUGUCAUUUACCAACAA